AUGAAUCCCGCCUCCCUCCCGCACAGCGAGACCUCCACCAUCCGCGUCCCAGAGGACACCCCCGUCCCUGCCGACAAGGAGGACGAGGCACCAUCCCGUCCCGCGACCGCCCCGCACAUCACCCUCCCAACCGACGCCGCGGCAGCACACGAGAGCCGCCACCCACUCACCCGCAUCCGCUCGCACGAGUCACACCAUGAUGAACGCCCCGACCUCUCGUUCCCGUUCAGCACGACCGACACCGGCCGCGCCGGCUACACCAACGAGUACCGCGCGGUCUCCGCCGAGGGGUACAUCCCCGCCGACCUGGCGCUGCGCCCGGUGCCUUCGCGCGUGUACCGCACCCCGCAAGUUCUGGCGGACCCGGAGAAGGCGCGCUCGCUCAAGCACAUGAAACUUGUGACAUGGAAGGAGGACGACCCGGAGGAUCCUAGGAAUUGGUCGUCAACGUAUCGAUGGUAUAUCACUGCGGUGUGCGCGAUCGCUGUGGUUCAAGUUGCCUUUGCGAGCGCCGUCGUCACUGGGGACUUCACAGAUAUUCAGAACGAGUUCGGCGUCAGUAACGUUGUCGUCGCCCUGACCGUCUCGCUGAUGGUGGCCGGGUUUGGUCUCGGUCCUUUGGCUUGGUCCCCUCUGAGCGAGCUCUACGGUCGUCGCUACGUUUGGAUCAUCCCGGGGCUCUUCUACGUCAUAUUCAACAUCCCGUGCGCACUUGCACCCAACAUCGGCACGCUCCUCGUCUGCCGCUUCCUCUGUGGCAUCUUCGCUUCCGCGCCCCUGACUCUCGCCGGUGGCACGAUCUCCGACGUCUGGGACAACAACGAGCGCGGGCUCGCGAUCGCCCUGUUCGCCGCCGCGCCUUAUGGCGGGCCCGUGCUCGGCCCCAUCGUCGGCGGGUUUGUCGGGGAAACCGUCGGAUGGCGGUGGAUGAUUUGGGUCAACAUGAUCUUCGCGGGUGUUGUCACGCUGUUCACCAUGACCAUACCCGAGACGUAUGCCCCCGCCCUCCUCAAGCACCGUGCCCAGCGCCUCCGCGAGCAGACGGGAGACGUGACGAUCACGACCGAGCAAGAGCUCUUCAAAGCGUCGCUUGGCCAGAUCCUCGUCGAGACCCUCUUCCGCCCAUUCCAGAUGAUCCUCACCGAGCCCAUCCUCCUGCUCAUGUCCCUCUACAUCGCGCUCAUCUACGGCCUCCUCUACGCCUUCUUCUUCUCGUUCCCCGUCGUGUUCAGCGAGGACUACGGCUGGGACGACGGCCGCGUCGGCCUCACCUUCUGUUCCGUCCUCAUCGGCCUCUUCUGCGCGCUCUUCGUCACCCCGCGCAUCGAGCGGAACUACCUCGCGCGCGCCGAGGCGAAGGGCGGGCGCGCGGACCCCGAGGACCGUCUCGUCGGGAUGAUGAUCGGGUGCUGGUUCGUGCCCGCGUCGCUGUUCAUCUUCGGCUGGACGAGCCCCCCGACGGUGCUCCCCGGGGGCGGCAACUGGGUCGGCCCCGUGUCGUCCGGCAUCCCGUUCGGGUUCGGGAUGGUCAUCAUCUACUUCUCCGCGAACGCGUACCUCAUCGACGCCUUCCCGGGCUACGUGGCCUCUGCGCUCGCCGCCAAGACUGUCAUUCGGUCCGGGGCGGGCGCCGCAAUGCCGCUGUUUAUCACCGCCAUGUACCACAACCUGGGCAACGGCUGGGCUGCGUCGACCUGGGCUUUCAUUUCUCUCGCCAUGAUCCCGAUCCCGUUCCUCUUCUACCGAUACGGAAAAGCGAUCCGCGCGCAGUCUAAGCGCGCGGUUGCCUAA